CGACGGGUUUGAUAGGUUGAAGAGAACAACAAGCAGACAUGACCAAAGGCAAACCGUUUAGCGGCAAGCUCAAGAAGCAACAGCUCCAAGCGAAACGGGAGAAGAAGGCGCAAAAGGAGCUGCAUGCAGAAGCCAAGUACAACGCCGAGCGCGACGCGCUUGCGGGCCUCGCGUCAUCCGCGCCGCCACAACCCGUCGGGCCUCCACCGAUCGAAUACAUGUCGACAGACGUGGGUUUUUCAGGGGAUUUGCGGACGAUCUUUGCAAAGGAGCCGCAGGCGGCGAUUGACGCGCGCAAGAAGGACGCCACGCGCGCGUUGGCGGACGACCGCGGCAACUCGCAGUCGAUUUAUGCAUAUGGACUGACAGACGUGCGGAACCAGCCUCCGAUUCCCCUCCGACCCCAUUGGUCCAAGCACACGAGUCCGGACGAGUUGGCGAUGGCCGAAGAAGACGCGUUCCGCGAGUGGCUUCUGCAGUUGCAUCAGACGUGCGUCGAGCGGCGCCAACAAGCCGCCCCUACCGCCCCCUCUAUAUGCAGCAUUCCAGACAGCGGCGUGAACGCAUGGGAGAUCAACUCGUACGAGCGAAACCUGCAAGUGUGGCGGCAACUGUGGCGCGUGAUUGAGAAGGCCAACGUGCUCGUACACCUCGCCGACUCGCGCUGUCCGCUGCUGCAUCUCAGCCACCGACUGAUUCAGCACAUUCAGGACGACCAUCCGACCAAGCGCGUGCUAAUCUUGCUCACUAAGUGCGACUUUGUGGCGCCAGAACGCGUGGACCUGUGGGUCAAGUACAUCCGAGACCUGUACAACGUGCCCGUGCUCACGUACAGCCGGGAUCGGGUGGACGAGAGCAACACCGUUUUGUUGACUACGAUCGGACGGCUGAGUGAAGAUACGAGCUACAAGAAAGGAAGAGACGAAGACUUGAACGCGGGCACGCUCAUGGUCGGCCUCGUGGGGGAGCCAAACGUGGGCAAAAGCUCGUUUCUGAACGGCAUGUUUGGCAAGAAACUCGUGUCCGUGUCGGCCACCCCCGGCCACACGAAGCACUUCCAGACGCACUUUUUCGAUCGGCCAGAGAUGUUAGGACGAGACGACAUUUCAAAAGUGUGCUUUUGCGACUGCCCCGGCGUGGUGUUUCCGCGCUUUGGGAUUCCCCUGGCGUUGCAGAUCUUGUUUGGGAGCUACCCGAUCGCACAAACGCGGGAACCGUACUCGGCCAUCCGAUUCAUUGCCGAGAAUGCCACGCCCACGCUUCAGCAUGUCUACAAGCUGCGCAAGGUCGACGAAGAUGAUGGUAAUGGAGACGAUGAACAUGAUGGAGGCGAUGAAUAUGAUGGAUUGAUGUAGACUGGUCGCCAUUCACCGUGUCGGAAGCGUAUGCGGCCCAGCGAGGGUUCCACUCCAAGGGCGGCAAGUUGGACGUGUUUCGCGCCGCCAACUUGUUGCUGCGAGACACGCUGAAUGGGAAGAAGGUGAUUUUGAGCUUUCCGCCGCCGCUGGAAGGUGCCGCGACGGUGGUGGGCAAAGGAGACGAGGAGCAUGCUGACAAGGCGGAAGGGGGGGCGGUCAUGACGACAGAUCAAGUGGCGGCACUGCUAGGAGACAUGGACAUGCAGCAGGUUCUCAUGCGUCGUGAUGGCGACGUUAAGGGUGGAGGAAGAAAUCUCUUCGAUUGCAAUGCCUCAAUGCACGUCGCAACACGUACCAUCGCCGCGUCUCCAGGAAUAGCGCAGUUGCACGCUAAUCCAUCAACUUUGUACUGGGAUCAUUACCAGUGAACAAUGACGCACUCAUGCGAUACGGGUACGGUAUGGUUAUCCCCGAAGUCUAUGUCGAGUUAAGCUUGACAGCAUUGGGCCCCUUCAUGCGUUGAAGGGCGAAGCCGCCCUGCCGCCAUCCUGUUGCGUAUCCUGCGUAUCCUUUGCACGAAGCUCGAAAUCGUAUGAUACAGUAUGAUUGGCU